UGGAUCGUCAUCCCUCCUUAUGGUUACGGCCAAGCGCCCCCUUCGCACGUCGUAUCAUACGUACCUACUACUGACUUGAUCACUCCUCCAACCUUAAAACUUCCCACCCGUCUCAGUCCGCCGCCCAAAUAAUACAUCCCACCACGCGCGCACCAUGCUCCCCGGCUCAGGACUACUUUUUGUCUCUCUUGCAGCUCUAGCUACCAGCCAGGGCAUCGCAGACCCCACACUGACAGGAACAUGGUCUUCUAAAUCGAACAAGACACUGACAGGCCCGGGCUUCUAUGAUCCUGUCAAUGAAAAGCUAACGGAACCGUCACACACGGGGAUCUCAUACUCCUUUACGGAAGAUGGCUUCUAUGAAGUGGCUUUUUAUCGCGCGAUCGCGAACCCUGUUGACCCUGCGUGUCCGAAAGGCAUCAUGCAAUGGCAACAUGGUAGUUUUGUCAAAGAGCAAAACGGCUCACUCAUCUUAUCGCCUAUCAAAGUAGAUGGACGGCAACUCUAUUCCGACCCUUGCAAAUACAAAAGCGCAGUCUACACAAGAUACAAUCAGUCUGAGCUAUUUCAGAGAUACACUGUCUACACAGAUCCAUACCACAAUAUUCCCCGACUCGAUCUCUUCAAAUUCGAUGGCUCACCAGUGCAGCCACUCUAUCUUGCUUUUAAGCCACCGCAGAUACUACCAACUACCACUCUUCAGCAAACUAUGACAGCCUCUGGGACGGCUGGCACACAAGCUACCGCAACCAGCCGCAGCAAGCUUUUCAGGCGCGCCGAACCCGCAAGCAUAACUCCCAACACCAGGACAAAGAGACAAGACAAUUAUUACUCUCAAUCGACAUUCCUAUUGAUUGGUAUAAUUACAACUGGUAUCGGCAGUGUCCUUUUUUUCUUCUUUUGAAAUCGUCUACAACG